AUGACCAACACGCGAUUACAACCCGGGUUCCGCCUUCAGGGCAAAGUGGCUAUCGUCACAGGAGGAGGUUCAGGCUUCGGUGCGGCGAUUGCUCGCCGCUUCGGCGAGGAAGGCGCCAAGGUGAUCCUCACCGAUAUCAACGUCGAGAAUGGCCAAAAGGUUGCCGCGCAGGAUCCCGAGAACCUCGUUUUCCAGAAGAUGGAUGUCACGAGCGUGGCGGAUUGGGACGAGGUCAUGGACUUGGCGUUUUCGAAGUUCGGCCGGUUGGAUGUGCUGGUGAAUAAUGCGGGGACCUCGUAUCGGAAUAAGCCAACGUUGGAAGUCACCGAGGAAGACUGGGAGCGUGUGUUCAAUGUCAAUGUGCGGGCCAUCUUUCUCGGAUCCAAAGCCCUGGUGGCUCGGUUGAUCGAGCAGGGUCAAGGGGGCUCCAUGAUCAAUAUCUCCUCCACAGGCGCCUCAAGACCACGUGCGGGGUUAGUGUGGUAUAAUGCAUCUAAGGGUGCUGUUUCUAACGCAACCAAAGGGCUGGCGGCCGAAUAUGGGUCCCACAACAUCCGAGUCAACACUGUUAGUCCUCUCUUGUCCGGGACGGGUCUCUUCUCCAUGUUCACCGGCAUGGAGGACACCCCUGAGAAUCGCGAAAAGUUUAUAGGGAACGUGCCCCUGGGUCGGUUGACAGAUCCGGACGACGUGGCAAACAUGUGUUUGUACCUCGCUAGCGACGAGGGCAGUUUUAUCAACGGCGCUGAGAUGAUCGUCGAUGGAGGCAAGUGCAUUUAG